CUCCACUCAGUACUCACGAUUUUCCCCUGCCAGUUCCGACCGAGCGUAUCUUGAACAUUCGUACGCUCUUGCCAGUCGUACGCACUACGUCAGACGAGAUAGACGCGCAAUGUGGAAGACUACGACGGUGAUCUUGGUGCUUACCAUCGGAAUAACUCAGUUGUUUCUCUCCAACACGGUCAUAGAUGUACCGGAAUUGCCGGAAACGUUCUGGGGUCCGGAAAGGAAUAAGGAAGCAUCGAAGGAAAUACGGCCGUUUACCAUAACUGUGCCAAAGUCGGUGAUCGAUGACUUAAACGAGCGGCUGGCAAAUAAAAGAGAAUUAGUAGAGCCGUUGGAGGAUGCCGCGUGGACUUACGGUAUCAGCACGACGUCCUUAAAAGACGUCGUUGAGUACUGGCGCACCAAAUACAAUUGGACCGAGCGGCAAGCGCUGCUAAACAAAUAUCCUCAAUAUGUGACCAAUAUACAAGGCUUGGACAUACAUUUUUAUCAUGUGAAGCCGCAUUUACCAAAGGACAAAAAACUGAAAGUUCUGCCGUUAUUAUUGGUUCACGGUUGGCCGGGAUCUGUAGUGGAGUUUCAAAAAAUUAUCCCAAUGCUAACAACGCCACGUCCCGAUAGGGACUUCGUGUUCGAGGUGAUCGCACCCUCGCUUCCAGGUUACGCGUUCUCGCAAGCGCCUGUACGACCGGGAAUGGCUCCGGCACAGAUGUCUUUGGUAUUUAAAAACCUAAUGUUGCGCCUCGGCUUCAACAAGUUCUACGCACAGGGAGGAGAUUGGGGCGCGAUGAUCGUUACGCACUUAAGCGCUCUUUAUCCAGACAGCAUUCUCGGCAGCCAUAUAAACAUGUGUCUGACUAAAGGAACGUCUAGCUUAUUAUGGAGAUUAAUCGGUACCGUUCUCCCAUGGCUCGUAGUCGACAACGAACACCAUGCUUGGAUGUAUCCUCUAGGCUCCCACUUCAGUCGGCUGCUGGAGGAAACGGGAUAUAUGCAUAUACAAGCUAGCAAACCGGAUACUAUAGGAACUGCGGUGGCGGCCUCACCGGUAGGAUUGGCAGCGUAUUUAUUGGAAAAGUUCAGCACGUGGACGAAUCCAAACUACAAAUUCCGUUCUGACGGCGGCCUGCUCGAGAAGUACACUCUGGAUGAACUUUUAGACAACGUCAUGCUCUAUUGGGUUACCAAUUCGUUGACCACGAGCGUUCGAAUUUACUCUGAGCAGUUCCGGAAAGAUUACAUGAGUAGCAAAAUCGACGACGUAAUUGUCAACGUGCCAGUAGCGUGCGCAGCAUUCCCUCAUGAACUUUUGUACCAACCGGAGAGCCUUGUUCGCGACAAGUACACUAAUCUGAUACAAUUUAACCAUUUGCCACGCGGCGGUCAUUUCGCGGCGUUCGAGGAGCCGGCUCUCUUGGCGAACGAUGUGUUCGAGUUCGUGUCCAAAACUGAAGAUAUAAGAAAAAAGGCUGGUAAGGACAAGGCGAACACGGAGAAGAAGAUAAAAGAGCCUACGAAAAUUUGAGAAGAUCCUUCGAAGGGUGGUGUUAUUGUUAACUGAGUGAUUAACGAGAGUGACUAGGUGUUGCAUUGAGAAAUUGACGGUAGAACGAUGAUUAUAUCAGAGCUAUCGCCAACUCAUCAAUUUUACACUUACAUGUGAAAUAAAAUUGUCUAUAUAAA